AUGAAAGUUUUCUCGUUUAUCCUCUUUGCCUUUGUGGCAAGAGCAUUCUGUGAAGAAGAGGCAGCCGACAAGGAGAAGCUAGGAACCAUCAUCGGUAUCGAUCUCGGAACCACUUACUCGUGCGUUGGAGUUUUCAAGAACGGACGUGUUGAGAUUAUCGCCAAUGACCAAGGAAACAGAAUCACUCCUUCUUAUGUGGCUUUCUCUGGAGAGCAAGGAGAACGGCUCAUCGGAGAUGCUGCCAAGAACCAGCUCACCAUCAAUCCAGAGAACACCAUUUUCGACGCAAAACGCUUGAUUGGACGCUUUUAUAAUGAUAAGACCGUUCAAGAUGACAUCAAACAUUGGCCAUUCAAGAUUGUUGACAAGUCGAACAAGCCAACCGUUGAAGUCAAGGUCGGAUCUGAAUCGAAACAGUUCACUCCAGAAGAAGUCUCGGCUAUGGUCCUCACUAAGAUGAAGCACAUUGCUGAAUCCUACCUCGGACACGAAGUGAAGAACGCUGUCGUCACCGUUCCAGCUUACUUCAAUGAUGCCCAGAGACAAGCCACCAAAGACGCCGGUACUAUCGCUGGACUUAACGUUGUCAGAAUCAUCAACGAACCAACUGCUGCUGCUAUUGCUUACGGCUUGGACAAGAAGGAAGGAGAAAGAAACAUUCUCGUUUUCGACUUGGGAGGUGGUACUUUCGAUGUUUCUCUUCUCACUAUCGACAACGGAGUUUUCGAAGUUCUUGCCACCAACGGAGAUACUCACUUAGGAGGAGAGGACUUUGACCAACGUGUUAUGGAGUACUUCAUCAAACUCUACAAGAAGAAAUCUGGAAAGGAUCUUCGCAAGGACAAUCGCGCUGUUCAAAAGCUUCGUCGUGAGGUUGAAAAGGCAAAGAGAGCUCUGUCCACCCAGCAUCAGACCAAGAUUGAGAUCGAAUCCCUUUACGACGGAGAAGACUUCUCGGAGACCCUGACCCGCGCCAAGUUUGAAGAACUCAACAUGGAUCUCUUCCGUGCCACUCUUAAGCCAGUCCAAAAGGUUCUAGAAGAUGCCGAUAUGAAGAAGACUGACGUUCACGAAAUCGUCUUGGUCGGAGGAUCCACAAGAAUCCCAAAGGUUCAGCAACUUAUCAAGGACUUCUUCAACGGAAAAGAGCCAUCUCGUGGAAUCAAUCCUGACGAAGCUGUCGCUUACGGAGCUGCCGUGCAAGGAGGAGUUAUUGGUGGUGUGGAAAACACAGGAGACGUCGUUCUUCUCGAUGUCAACCCUCUCACUAUGGGAAUUGAAACUGUCGGAGGAGUCAUGACUAAGCUCAUCUCCAGAAACACUGUCAUUCCCACAAAGAAAAGUCAAGUCUUCUCAACCGCCGCCGAUAGCCAAAGUGCUGUCUCCAUCGUUAUCUACGAAGGAGAACGCCCAAUGGUUAAGGACAAUCACAAACUCGGAAACUUCGACCUUACCGGAAUCCCACCAGCUCCACGCGGAGUCCCACAAAUCGAGGUGACAUUCGAGAUCGACGUCAACGGAAUUCUGCAUGUCAGUGCUGAAGAUAAGGGAACCGGAAACAAAAACAAGAUCACCAUCACUAAUGACCAUAACCGUCUUAGUCCUGAAGACAUUGAGCGCAUGAUCAACGACGCCGACAAGUUCGCUGCCGAUGAUCAAGCUGUCAAAGAAAAGGUUGAGUCAAGAAACGAGUUGGAGUCUUAUGCUUAUCAGAUGAAAUCGCAAAUCGGUGACAAUGAGAAGCUAGGAGGAAAGCUCUCUGACGAAGACAAGAUUUCGAUCGAGUCUGCUGUUGAGAGAACCAUCGAAUGGCUUGGAAACAACCAGGAUGCCUCUACAGAGGAGAACAAAGAACAGAAGAAGGAACUCGAGUCCGUCGUUCAACCAAUUGUCUCCAAGCUCUACUCGGCCGGAGGCCAAGGAGAACAAGCUAGCGAGGAGCCAGCUGAGGACCACGACGAGUUGUAA